CAUUCUCAUACAAUAACUGUUGGAAUAAAGGCCUAAUUUCUGCCUUGUGGCUGAAUUUCCCGACCCAAGGGAAGUUGUUGGAAGCCAAAAGAGAGCAUCUUUAUUGGACACCAUGUGCUGCUCAUUGCUUGGAUUUGAUGCUGGAGGACAUUGGAAAAAAGGUUCCUAAGGUGAAAAUUUCAAUAAAGAAGGCUAUGUUAGCAAUUGACUAUAUAUAUAGUUAUGUUAUUGUUGUGAACUUGAUGAGAAAGUUCACCAAAGAAAGAAACUUGCUUAGGCCAGCUGUAACUAGAUUCGCCAUAUCUUUUAUCACACUUGCCCAAGUCCACAGACAAAGACAACUUGAAGAAUAUAGUGAAUUCUGCAGAGUGGGAAAAGGCAAAGUGGUCCAGCAAAGAUCAGAUUGCAAAAAAAAAGAUGACUACAAGACAACUUUUCAAAUCAUUGAUCAAAGGUGGGAAUGUCAAUUGCAUAAACCUCUACAUGCAGCAGGACAUUUUUUGAACCCGGGGAUAUUUUAUAAGGAUAUUGUUGGGGUGGCUUGUAAAGACGUGGAACAAGGGUUAUAUGGUUGCAUUAUGAGACUUGUUCCAGACCAGGAAGUUCAAGACAAGAUUUCUACAAAGUUGGAUAAAUACCGGAAUGGAGAAGGACUAUUCGGUCAUCCUAUGGCUAUUAGGCAUAGGAAAACAAAAGCACCAGGCAUCAUAUGGAUCUUCGGUGCCUAAUCUUAAAAAGUUUGCCAUACGGGUCCUUAGUCUAACUUGUAGUGCUACAAGUUGUGAGAGAAACUAUCGUGUUUUUUAACAUCUUCAUACGAAGAAACGAAAUAGAUUGGCACAGUCUAGAUUAAAUGACAUGGUGUUUGUCAAAAUCAAUCGUGCCUUAGAUCGUCGAAUUAAAGAUAAGGAGAAGGAUCCGAUUCUUUUACAAGAGAUUGAUGAAAGUAACGAGUGGCUGAUGGGAAAACUUGAAGAUGAGAAUGAUGAUGAUAUAGUAUUUGUUGUUGAAGAUCUUACUUGGAGAGACGUGGCUCACGCAUCAGGUGCUUAUGAGCCUAGUUAUCUAACUAGAUUGAGAGUGCAAAAUGAAGGAGCCGGGCCAUCGGGUAUUUAAUCCGAUUAAUUAAUUGCUUCUGCCUAUUUAGUUAAAUGGGUUAGGGUAGCAAUGAAAUUUUUUACUAAAAUGCCAAUAUACAUACGGUAGUUAUUUUUAUUUUAAUAAGAUUAAUAUUUAAUUAUCUUAUAUAUGAUAUAUAAUAAUAAAACCUAGUUUUUAUAAUGCCUAAUAAUAAAACCAACUCGCUUGUAAUUUGUAAAGCCUAAUUGACUUUUUUAAUUUUCCUUUUCC